CUCUUCUACUCUAGCUAAGACGGAAGUCAGUCGACGUGUGGGUUGCAAAUUUCUGCAGUGAGGACUUUGUCAGUUUUUGCUCAACAGUUUCUUCUAUAGUGUCACGUCGAUACUACUUUCAAUGAUGUUUAACAGGCAAAACAGCCUGUGGAUGGGUGAUUUGGACCCGUAUAUGGAUGAGAACUUUGUCAAGCAGGCCUUUAGUGGUAUGGGAGAGUCACCGUUGGGAGUCAAGAUCAUCACUCACAGGAUAACAGGUGGCUCAGCGGGUUACUGUUUUGUGGAGCUGGCAGAUGAAGCGAGCGUCGACCGCUGCGUACAAAGACUCAACGGAAAACUGGUUCCAGGAUCAAACCCGCCCAGGAAGUUUAAGCUAAAUUAUGCCACAUACGGGAAGCGUCCAGAAGCAGGGCCGGAGUUCUCAGUGUUUGUGGGAGACUUGGCCUCUGAAGUGGACGACUUUCAGCUGCAUCAGGUCUUUAAGAAGUACCCUUCCUGCAAAGGAGCCAAAGUAGUCACCGACCAGUACGGCUAUUCAAAAGGCUACGGCUUCGUCAAGUUCAGUGACGAGAGCGAACAGAAGGCGGCGAUAGAGGAGUGCCAGGGAGCCGUGCUGGGGGGGAAAACCCUGAGGCUCAGCAUCGCUGUGGCGAAAAGCCAAAAGACGACCUACCCAGGAGGCCAGACUCAGAGUUACAGUAGCUACAACCCGACACAGACUGGUUACUAUGGCAGCCAGGCAGCAGGAAGUCAGGGCGGUUACUAUCCUCAGUGGGGGGGCUAUGACCAGUACAGUGGCUACAACAGCAGUGGUUACGGCUACAACAGCGGAUACAACAGCGGAUACAAUAGCAGCUACAACAGUGGCUACAACUAUAACUACGGGGCUUACGGCUACCCCCCACCAGGUCACAUGAUGCCCCCVCCUCCCAUGGGGAUGCCACCCAUGUCCACCGACAUGACGGGAGAUGUACAGCAGGGCCAGGAGCAAGCUGAAGAUGCUGAUGAUGACAGCACAGAAGAGCCCAUCCCWGAAUGCGACGUGGAGCUGUGGAACAAGGACUUUAUGCAGCACAGUGAGGAGUUUUAUGACGCUUUGAUGAACUGUCGAUGGGAACCUUUGGACUCUGUUGACUGCCCUAUCCCAACCUUCUCCUGAUAUCCCUUUCAUCAGCCGAUACUUCAGUUCUUUUGUUAAGUCAUUUUUAUACGUCCAAAAUGUGUCGCAGCAAACACAUCUCAAAACACGCCGGCCAGAGCUCUGUGACUUAAGAAGACAGGCUGGUCGUAGGUUCAGUCACUCUUCUUCCUC